GACACACCUGUUUUGCACACGUCACAACCAGGAAACUCAGAUCAGGAAAACCGGAACUUUUAGAUUGUUAUCGUGCGGUCGUGUAUAUUUUAUUAUGUACGUGUAGUAAAAUGGCAGAAGCUACUUUUUCAGUUGAUCAGUUCAGCUGUUCAGUGUGUCUGGAUCUCUUAAAGGAUCCAGUGUCCAUUCCCUGCGGGCAUAGUUACUGUAUGAGCUGUAUUACAAACUGCUGGGAUCAAGAUGAUCAGAAGGGAAUCUACAGCUGCCCUCAGUGCAGACAGACCUUCAACACAAGACCUGCUUUAUGUAAAACCACCAUGUUGGCUCAAGUGGUGGAAAAACUAAAGACGACAAAACGCAAAUCUGCUUCGUGCUUUGCUGGUCCCGGAGAUGUGGAGUGCGACAUCUGCACUGGCCGAAAACGCAAAGCUGUGAAAUCCUGCUUGAUGUGUCUGGAGUCUUACUGUCACACUCACUUUGAGCGCCACGAGGAGUUUCGACCUGGCAAGCGACACCAAACCAUCGAUGCCACAGGACGACUGCACGAGAUCUUCUGCCGUCAACAUAAUAAGGUCCUGGAGGUUUUCUGUCGUACUGAUGAGGAGUGCAUUUGUAUGCUGUGUAUGAUGGAUAAACAUAAAAACCAUGAUACUGUUUUAGUUUCAGCACAGAGGAAAGAGAAAGAGAUGUGCUUGAAGGGUGCAAAGAUAGACAUCCAGCAGAGAAUCCAGCAAAGAUUGAAAGAUGUUCACAUGCUGAAAUUGGCUGUGAAGUCUUAUAAGUGCUCUACGCAGACAGCAGUGGAGGACUGUGAGAAGAUGUUUACUGAGUUGAUCCGCUCUAUUGAGAGAAGUCGAUCUGAAGUCACACAGCUGAUCAGAGAUCAGGAAAAGGAUGCAGUAAGUCAAGCUGAAGGACUCUUAAAGCAACUGCAGCAAGAGAUUGCUGAUCUGAAGAGAAGAAACACUGACCUAGAGAAGCUUUCAUAUACAGACAAUGACAUCCACUUCCUUCAGAGUCUUUCAUCUCUCUCUGUACCACCAAAGUCUACAGACAAAAUCAAUAUUAGUUUCCUGGUUUCUUUUGAUGACAUGAGAGAAUCUGUCCAUCAGCUGAGACAGAAACUGCAGGAUUUCUGCCAAGAGGAGACAAAAGAGAUCUCGGUGACAUACAACACCAUUGUCUCCAGGUUUAGAAAGCAGUUCCUACAAUAUUCCCGUCAGCUCACUCCGGAUCUAAACACGAUGAAUAAACACCUCAGUCUGUGUGAAGGAAACAGAAAGAUUACUUUCACUGGCACAGCCCAGCAGUAUCCUGAUCAUCCAGACAGAUUUGAUUUUUAUUUGCAAGUGUUGUGUAAAGAGAUUGUGUGUGGACGCUGUUACUGGGAGCUCGAGUGGAGUGGGAAGAAUGGUGUGUGUAUAUCAGUGUCAUAUAAGAGCAUCAGUAGGAAGGGAGGGGGAGAUGAGUGUAGAUUUGGAUAUAAUGAUCAGUCAUGGUGUUUGUUAUGCACGUCCACAGGUUACUCAUUCUGGCACAAUAACAGAAGCACACAUCUCCCUGUAAAAUGCACAUCCAGUAGAAUAGGAGUUUAUGUGGAUUACAGUGCAGGAUCUUUGUCUUUCUACAGCGUCUCUGACACAAUGACCCUCAUUCAUAGUGUCCAGACCACAUUCACUCAACCUCUCUAUCCUGGGUUUUAUAUUGGUCAUAAAUCAUUGGUCAAACUGUGUGAUCUCUCAGUAUAGAUUGUGACCCUGUCACACUAGAUGCAUGCUUUAAAACAUUUUGUAUAAGUGGAGUGUAAAAAAUGAUUAUGUGCCUUAGUAGAGUGAAUGAAAUAAAAUGAGUUAAAGAGCAAAUAUUAUCCAAUUCACGAUUUCCUUUGCUAUGUAAGUCUGUAUCAGUUCAUGUUAACAGAAUGCAAAAGGUACAAACCAUAAAGUAAACGAUGACGCAAGUUAUUGUCUCCAACGUAAAUCUCUUUUCUUGGACUACAACAAACACAAGGAUUGUAGGCAACAGUGUACUUCCUGGGAUUGGUGAUGUAGACAAGACCAACAUUAUCAUAAUUCCUCCCACUCCGGACACAUUGUGAGUGAAUCUUUAAAAAAGUAAUUUCAACCUAACUUUAUCAUGUAUAAUCCAAUUAGGAAUUGGAUUUUCUUUUUGUUAGAAGUCUAAUUUUGUGUUAUAAAAUUAGCUACAUGAAUGAUUUUGGUUGACAUAACUAAUUAGGCAGUGGACUUGUAGUUCCCAGAAUGCUUUGCAUGUGACGGCAUUUGGAGAGUAAAAUUUGAAUGGAAACACUAUUUUAUGUGUUUUUAACUAAAAAGAAAGACUUGUUAGUGUUUAAUGUUCAUUUAUCUUUGAGAUUUAUAAGAGUUUCUGUUUUUUCUCUGAGUUUUGAGGUUAUCAUUAUUCAGAAGACUGCUGCUUGUGUUUAUACUGUAGGUGACACAAUGAAAUCAUGAUUUGUGUUAAUUCACUCAAUGAUCAAUAACUGUGCUAAUCCCA